GGUCUUAAGUGUAGACAAAAUACAAAGAUUUUGGAAUAUACCCCCAUGAAUAUGGGGUUAUACUGUAUUCAGAGUUCCUCUCUUCUGUGAUACGCAUGUCCUUCUCAGUGCAUAUCAUAGUGGCCCAUGCUAUGAUGAAGAAACUGCCAGAGCCUUCUAGAAAUUCUUUUCGCUUUGACAGACCUCUUUGAAUCCUGCUGACUAUUUUGUGCUCUCUGGAACAACCUGCUGACUUUUGGUGUGUUGAAGGACCUUACUCUUCAAAUAGAUAAUUUUGAAGCAAGGCCCAGCUACCGAUACAUGGAACUUGCACACAUGGAAUUGAGAAGAUAGCUAUUAUUUUGAUCAGCUCAGGCAGCACUGGGUCAUACUAUUAAUGGUCAAGAACUCAGGUCCUUGUAUGGCAUCUCCAUAUUCCCAAGCAGUCUAUCUGACUAUCCAUUUCUGGGGGACAAAAUGAUAGCAACAAAACAGUAGAAGCGAAUUACUUUCAUGUAUUACUUUGAGAUCUCCUAUCACAUUCUCUCUGUUUAUCUAUCUAUCUGUAUUUAUAUUUGUAUAACCUGAAUACAAUAAAAUGUACUAGGCAAUAUCCCAUUGAGAUACUUUAUUCCUUUGAGCCCUGCUCCAAAACCUUUGAUACACAGUGGUAUAUACAUUCUUGAAAUGAAAUGAGAAAGAAUAGAAUGAAAUACUUCCAAAUUGCCUGUUAUUGUCUGUUAUUUGACAAGAACAUUUACCAGUAUGUGUAUCUGUCCGUGCAUAGUGGUGUGUGUUUGUAUGUGUGUGCCUACAUGUCUGUUUAUGUAUGUAAAUUCAUGCAUAUGUAUGCAAAUAUGUAUAUCCAUAUGUACAGAUGAAUUAGUGUGUAUGUGUGUUUUGGUGUCUGUGAUACAUGAUUAUAUAUGUCAUAAACAGUCAUUCCAGUUUACCUUGGGUAUCAUACUGGGAGAAAAGAUAUACAUAAAAUAAAUAUCUGUGUCUACAUCUGUAUUUAUAUUGACUGUAUGUGUGUAUGCCUGUGAUGUCUGUAGGUAUAUUCCUUUCAUGUCUCUGUGUAUACAAACACAUAUCUAUAUAUUCCUGUGAUGUCUUUAUGUGAGUAUAUGUGUAUAUUCCUGCAAUGGCUGUGCAUAGGAGUGUAUGUAUACCUGUACUUACCUACAAUGAUGUGUGCAUGCCUGUGUGUCUGUGCACAUAUGUGUGUGUGCAUGGGAAAGGGAGGUGUCAAUUUGCUCCAUUUAUUUGCGCACCUUUCAGGGUUUGCAAAAACCAAUCAGAUCCUUUUUUCAAAGAAACUGGCUGUGCAAUGGGAUUGAGGGAUACAAAUGAGCCCUGACCCCAGCGAGGGGAAGGCGGCCCCUUUUUCUUUCUGCAAUAGAGCACAGAGGAGGAGGAGGAGGAGGCAAUCGGGUGGCACUCAGUGUCUGGCUAGCUGGGGUGGCAAGGAGGAGGGGGAGAGCAGCUAGCCUGGCUCCUCCUCAUCUUCCUUCCCUCCUCCUUGCGUUCUGUGCUGGGCAAGGAAGGGGGAGAGGAGGAGAAAAGGAAGAAGACGCUGGAGGCUUGGAGGAGGAGCUAUAGCCUCUGUUGGGGCCGGGUAGGAUCAGAUGGGGGAGACCUGGGAAUGGCAGAAUCUAGCUAGAAAAGGAAAGGGGAAGGGGAAAUAUAGUGAUAAGGGAGGGGGCAGAAUUGCUCAAUUUAAAUCGGCUUGACAGGGAGGGGGUGAAUCGGGAAAUACUGUGUGGCUAGCAGGUUUUGUUAGGGUGGAGGAUGAAGGAGGUGGAAUGCCGAUGACAGAGGAAUGGGGGUUUAGGGAUCGAGAGGUAUGCACGGAUGCAAGAUGUGGGUGGGAGGAAUGACUCAAUCUACAGAUGGUUGGGUUCAAGAGGUGCUGUGGUUCAAACCAUGGGAGGGGUUGGGAUUUGGGGUUAAGGAUGUGGUGGUGGGAAAUUCUGGGGCUCCAUGAGCCAGUGUGGGGGGAGGCAGCACAGGUGAGUCAACCUGCAAAUGGGCCAGGAAUAUAGGUGUCUUUGAAGGCUGGAAGUGGGGAGGUACAGGCAGAAAGGAUCUGAGAAGGGGGAAAGAGGAGAAAAGAGGCCUAGAGGAUUAGGAGGAUACUAUGAAAUAGCUGAGAUUUGAAGAAAAGCAUAUGACAUGGUAUAUGGCAAAACACACUGUAAUAACAACUACAAAUGGAAAAAGUGGGUUUUAGUGUGAAGAUUAUAGGGUGUGGUGGGAGUGUUAGGAGAAGUCAGGCAGUUGUGUGAUAGCAUUGGUGGGGUGGUCUGUAGAAAAAUAUGCUCAUGAAAAGGGAGAGAAGGCUGAAGUACCCUGAGGAGAAACUGAAUGUAUGCAGUUGGCAAGUGGAAGAAAUGUGAAGAAGUCACUGGAAGCCCCCACGGAGACCAGCUGUAAUCAACCUCUUCCUCCAUGAGGGCCUUUGCAGUCUGAUCGUGUGAUCCUUGGAGACUUGAACUUCAGCUGAAGCGGGGGAGGCAGACACUUGGUCAACCACCACCCCCAUCCUAGAGCUCAAGCUCUUUAUUCCGCCAUGGCCGACCCCAUCAUGGACCUCUUUGACGAUCCCAACCUCUUUGGUCUGGACUCGUUAACAGAUGAGAGUUUUAAUCAGGGUGCCCCAGACCCCAUUGAGGAGGCCCUGGGGUUGCCAGGCGGUGCCUUGGAUUCUCUUGCUGGUGGACCCAAGGAACAGCGAACCACCUCGCAGUCAGAAUCUGUUCAAGUACAGACUCUUACCCUUCCAAACACACAGCGUGAGGCUGGGCCCGAACUAUCCCAGCAGCACCAGCCGGGACUCCUGCAGGCCUCCCAAGAUCAGGAGGUCCUCAGCCAGGGCAACCCCUUCAUGGGUGUGUCCUCCACCGUGACAGCCGUUGCCCCCUCUUCCUCCACCGGUGGACAACUAACUGUUACAACAGCGCCUCCUUCUGCUACUCCUACCGCCCCAAAGAUCGUCAUCUUGAAGGCACCUGCUGGCAGUUCAAUGACAGGCGCCCAUGUAGCCCAGAUCCAAGCCCAGCCCAUUGGGGCAGCCAAUGGAGGCAAAGUAACCUUUGCCAAGGUACUGACAGGCACGCCCUUGCGGCCGGGUGUCUCCAUCGUCUCGGGCAAUGCGGUGCUGGCCACCAAAGUGUCUCCUGGAGCUGGGACCCCCACCACACUCCAUCGGCUGGUGCAACCCGGCCGACCCGUCAAGCAGCUGGUGCUGCAGCCUGUCAAGAGCCAGGCUGUACCCAGUACUGGGACCACGCCACUUAAACCGGCCGUGACACUGACUUCCACUCCAGCCCAGGGAGAGUCAAAGCGCAUUACUCUGGUUCUCCAGCAACCCCCAGCAGGUGGAGGCAACCCGGGACAACGCCAUGUGGUUUUAGGGAGCCUGCCAGGCAAGAUUGUGCUCCAGGGGAACCAACUGGCCGCCCUGAGCCAAGCCAAGAGUGUGCCAGGGCAGCCAGCCAAGGUUGUCACCAUCCAACUCCAGGUCCAGCAACCUGGCCAGCAGCAGCAACAACUGAGCGGCCAACCUGGAACUCAGAAGAUCCAGCUUUUGCAGCAGCCUCCAGCCAGCACCUCGGGACAGCAAGUGCCUCUGAACGUCUCUUCAGUACAACAGGCUCAAGUGGUUGGUGGCUCAGGACAGAGGGUGACAGUUCCGCUCAAGGUUGUGCUUCAGCCACAGGCCAGCUCAUCACAAGGCAAUUCAUCGGGGCUCUCGGUUGUCAAGGUUCUGAGUAGCAGCGAGGUCGCAGCCCUCCCAUCCUCCAGCGGGACAACCCGCAGCGGCUCAGAUGAAUCCCGCAAGUUAGAGCACCAGAAGAAGCAGGAGAAGGCCAACCGGAUCGUAGCAGAAGCUAUUGCCCGUGCUCGAGCACGAGGGGAACAAAACAUCCCCCGUGUGCUAAAUGAGGAUGAACUGCCCAGUGUACGGCCAGAGGAGACGGGGGAGCGCAAGCGGCGUCGGAAGGGAGGGGGUGAGCGGACCCCCAAGGAGGAGCGGCCACGAAAGGGCAGGGGCCAAGGAGGAUCUGGGAAGAGCAAAGGCCGGGGAAAGCCAAGCACCAUCACCCCAGUAGUAGGGAAGAAGCGGAAACGUAAUGCUUCUUCAGACAAUUCGGAUGCAGAGGUCAUGCCAUCUCAGGCUCCACAUGAGGAAGAGGAAAGCAGUAUUCAGAAGCGGCGUUCAAACCGUCAGGUGAAACGGAAGAAGUACACAGAGGACUUGGACAUCAAGAUCACAGACGAUGAGGACGAUGAAGAGUUGGAUGUGACAGGGCCUAUCAAGAUUGAGCAGGCCCCAGCCCCUGCACCGCCUGUCCCAGAACCAAUCCCUGAGGGCGAGACACUACCUUCCAUGCAGUUCUUUGUGGAAAACCCUAGUGAGGAGGAUGCUGCUAUAGUAGACAAAGUGCUCACCAUGCGGGUUGUGAAGAAAGAGCUCCCCAAUGGUCAAUUCACAGAGGCAGAAGAAUUCUUUGUGAAAUACAAGAACUACUCCUACCUACAUUGUGAGUGGGCCACAAUUGCUCAGCUGGAGAAGGACAAGAGAAUACACCAGAAGCUCAAGCGCUUUAAGACCAAAAUGGCUCAGAUGAGGCACUUCUUCCAUGAGGAUGAGGACCCUUUCAACCCAGACUAUGUGGAAGUGGACCGUAUCCUGGAUGAGUCGCACAGCAUUGACAAGGACAAUGGGGAGCCCGUGAUCUAUUACCUGGUCAAGUGGUGUUCCCUCCCCUACGAGGAUAGUACGUGGGAACUCAAAGAGGAUGUGGAUGAAGGGAAGGUCCGAGAGUUCAAGCGUAUCCAGUCAAGGCAUCCUGAACUCAAGAGGGUGGCCCGUCCCCAGGCAGGUUCCUGGAAAAAACUGGAGCUUACUCACGAAUAUAAGAAUGGCAACCAGUUGCGGGAAUAUCAGCUGGAGGGUGUGAAUUGGUUGCUUUUUAACUGGUACAACAGGCAAAACUGCAUCCUGGCUGAUGAAAUGGGCCUGGGCAAAACCAUCCAGUCUAUUGCCUUCUUGCAAGAGGUUUACAAUAUGGGCAUCCGGGGGCCCUUCCUGGUCAUCGCCCCUCUCUCCACCAUCACCAACUGGGAGCGGGAGUUCAACACCUGGACUGAGAUGAACACCAUCGUGUACCACGGAAGCCUUGCCUCCCGCCAGAUGAUCCAGCAGUAUGAGAUGUACUGCAAGGAUUCCCGGGGACGCCUGAUCCCAGGAGCAUAUAAAUUCGAUGCCCUGAUCACCACCUUUGAGAUGAUCCUGUCAGACUGUCCUGAGCUGAGGGAGAUAGAGUGGCGUUGCGUCAUCAUUGACGAAGCCCAUCGCCUUAAGAACCGUAACUGCAAGCUGCUCGACAGCCUCAAGCACAUGGACCUGGAGCACAAGGUAUUAUUGACAGGCACUCCACUCCAGAAUACAGUGGAGGAACUCUUCAGCCUCCUGCAUUUCCUUGAACCCUCCCAGUUCCCUUCAGAAUCAGAGUUCCUCAAGGAUUUUGGUGACCUUAAAACUGAGGAGCAGGUGCAGAAACUUCAGGCCAUCCUGAAACCGAUGAUGCUUCGGCGACUAAAGGAGGAUGUUGAGAAGAAUCUGGCUCCUAAGCAGGAGACCAUAAUUGAGGUAGAGCUGACCAAUAUCCAGAAGAAGUACUAUCGAGCCAUCCUGGAGAAGAACUUCAACUUCCUGUCCAAGGGGGCAGGCCAUAGCAACAUGCCCAACCUCCUGAACACAAUGAUGGAGCUGCGCAAGUGUUGCAAUCAUCCCUACCUCAUCAACGGUGCGGAAGAGAAGAUCCUGACUGAGUUUCGGGACUCCUGCCACCACCACGUACCCCACGACUUCCCCUUGCAGGCCAUGGUGCGUUCCUCAGGGAAGCUGGUGCUGAUCGAUAAGCUGCUUCCCAAGUUGAAGGCCGGGGGGCACAAGGUGCUGAUCUUUUCUCAGAUGGUCCGUUGCCUUGACAUCUUGGAGGACUACCUCAUCCAGAAGAGGUAUUUGUAUGAGCGCAUCGAUGGGCGGGUGAGGGGCAACCUGCGACAGGCAGCCAUUGAUCGCUUCAGUAAGCCUGACUCAGACCGGUUUGUCUUCCUGCUCUGUACACGGGCAGGAGGGCUGGGGAUCAACUUGACAGCUGCAGACACCUGCAUCAUCUUCGACUCUGAUUGGAAUCCUCAGAAUGACCUGCAGGCCCAGGCUCGCUGCCAUCGUAUCGGGCAGAGCAAAGCAGUGAAAGUUUACCGUCUCAUCACCCGAAACUCCUACGAGCGUGAGAUGUUUGACAAAGCCAGCCUCAAGCUAGGACUGGACAAGGCUGUUUUGCAGUCCAUGAGCGGGCGAGAAGGCAGCAUUGCCGGGAUCCAACAGUUUUCAAAGAAGGAGAUUGAAGAUCUACUGCGCAAAGGGGCAUAUGCUGCCAUCAUGGAAGAGGACGACGAAGGCUCCAAGUUCUGUGAGGAAGAUAUUGAUCAGAUUCUGCUUCGCCGCACCACCACUAUCACCAUUGAGAAUGAAGGAAAGGGGUCCACCUUUGCUAAGGCAAGCUUUGUGGCCUCUGAGAACAGGACUGACAUCGCCUUGGAUGAUCCCAACUUUUGGCAGAAGUGGGCCAAGAAGGCAGACUUGGAUCUUGAUAUGCUCAACAGCAAGAACAACCUGGUGAUUGACACGCCCCGCGUGCGUAAACAGACACGCCAUUUCAGUACUCUGAAGGAUGAUGACCUGGUGGAGUUCUCUGACCUGGAGAGUGAUGACGAUGACCGGCCUCGCUCUCGGCGCCAUGAUCGGCACCACCACCAGUUCCACCAUUCGUAUGGCCGCACAGACUGCUUCCAGGUGGAAAAACAACUGCUAGUCUAUGGCUGGGGCCGUUGGCGGGAAAUCCUGUCACAUGGACGUUUUAAGCGACGUAUGUCUGAUCGGGAUGUGGAGACCAUCUGCCGGGCCAUCCUGGUCUACUGCCUUAUGCAUUAUCGAGGCGAUGAAAACAUCAAAUGCUUCAUUUGGGACCUCAUCAGCCCCAUUGAAAAUGGCAAAGCCAAAGAGCUUCAGAAUCAUUCCGAGAGCCAUGCCCCUGCUUUGAGCUCACUUGCUGUUCCUCGGGCAGGCCUGUCCAUCCCAGUUCCACGGGGCCGCAAAGGGAAGAAAAUCAAGUCACAAACCACCUUUGACCUCCAAAAGGUUGAUUGGAUCCGCAAGUACAACCCAGACACCCUCUUCCAAGAUGAGGGUUACAAGAAACACCUCAAGCAUCAAUGCAACAAGGUACUCCUGCGGGUGCGCAUGCUAUAUUAUCUCCGCCAGGAAGUGAUUGGGGACCAGGCCGAAAAAGUGUUGGCAGGUGUUAUUUCCAGCGAAAUUGACAUCUGGUUCCCACUGGUGGAUCAGGCAGAGGUCCCCACAGCCUGGUGGGAUGCAGAAGCUGACAAGUCCUUGCUCCUUGGGGUGUUCAAACAUGGCUAUGAGAAGUACAACACAAUGCGAGCAGAUCCUGCCCUCUGCUUCUUGGAGAAGGCCGGUCGCCCGGAUGACAAAGCCAUUGCAGCAGAGCACCGCUUGGAUACGAACGAGGGGGUGGAUUUUGACAAGGACUGUGAGGACCCAGAAUACAAACCGGUGGGAGGUCCUGCCAAGGAGCAGGAUGGUGAGGGUGACCCGUUGAUGAUGAUGGAGGAGGAAAUUUCUGUGGUGGAUGGAGAGGAAGGCCAAGUGGGGAACCUGUUCUGGCCCCCAGCUUCGGCUCUCACGGCCCGUUUGCGGAGGCUAAUCACCGCCUUCCAACGGAGUUACAAGCGUGAGCAGCUGAAGAUGGAGGCUGCGGAGCGAGGAGACAGACGCCGACGCCGUUGCGAGGCUGCCUUCAAGCUGAAGGAAAUGGUGCGGCGGGAGAAGCAGCAACGAUGGACACGGCGAGAGCAGUCAGAUUUCUACCGUGUGGUCUCCUCCUUUGGAGUGGAAUAUGACCCGGACACAAUGCGCUUCCACUGGAACCGCUUCCGGUCCCUUGCUCGCCUGGACAAGAAGACAGACGAGAGCCUCGCCAAAUAUUUCCAUGGUUUUGUGGCCAUGUGUCGACAAGUGUGUCGGUUGCCUCCCGCUGCAAGUGAUGAAUCUCCAGACCCCACACUGUUCAUUGAGCCCAUUACGGAGGAACGGGCCUCACGCACCUUGUACCGGAUCGACCUUCUGAGGCGCCUGCGGGAGCAAGUGCUAUGCCACCCGCUCUUGGAAGAACGCCUCACCCUGUGCCAACCCGCAGGCCCUGAAAUGCCACCCUGGUGGCAAUGCGGGCGCCAUGAUGGCGAGCUGCUGAGGGGGGUGGCGCGCCAUGGCCUCAGCCAGACAGACACCACUAUCAUGCAGGACCCAGAUUUCUCCUUCUUGGCGGCUCGCCUCAACCACAUGCACAGUCGAUCAGGGGGCACUGGGACGCCCCCGCUGCCGCCCCCUCCACCGCCACCGCCGCCACCUUCAGGGCUGUCUCUUCCCGGAGCCAGUGUGCCAGCUGCCCCAUCUCCCCUGCUCCUACAGCCACCCAUGCAUCAGCUGCCCACUGCACCACAACCCUCGGCCCUUCCUGUUAAACUUGAAUCGGCCGACGACUCAGACUCGGAGCUUGACCUCGGCAAGAUCUCUGCUUCUUCGUCCUGUUCGUCCACCUCUGGCUGCUCUGAUGACAGUGAGGGUGAAGAGGCCUCUUGCGGUGGGAAGCUAUUUGAGGAGGAGGAGUCGCUACUGUCCCUGCCCACUUCCCACGAAGGCAACUCGCCGCAGCCUAGUGCCUCGGACUUGCUGUUGCAGGAGCGCCAGCGUGCCCACGAGUGGCCAAAGGACCGAGUUCUUCUCAACCGUAUCGACUUGGUGUGCCAGGCUGUGCUCUCUGGGAAGUGGCCCACCACCCAGCAAGGCCAGUUGGGUUCCUGUAUUGGCCAUGGAGAAGGCCUGCCUCGUCUUCAUGGAGAAUACACCAGCUCUCCCAUCCCACACAUCUGCCCCCUGGUGACACAUGAGGAAGGGACAACCUCAUUCACUCGUCUCCGGCACAGCGGCCUAGAGAAAGAGUUUACUGUACAAAUCAAAGAUGAAGAGGGAAUCAAGCUGACCUUCCAGAAGCACAAAUUGGUCCCGAACGGCACUAUGCGGGAUCGUCCUGCAGUCACCCAGAAGAAGAGCAGCAAGAAGAUGGUGGAGCUGGAGUUGCAAUGCCUUGAAGCACUGAGAGGCCCUGAUAUUGACCUUGAAGCUCGUAUCCCAGUGGUGAAGAAGACAGAUGGGACCCUGCUGGUGGGUGAUGCAGCCCCUCGGCGGGCUGAUCUUGAGGUGUGGCUACAGGCCCACCCAGAAUACGCUGUGGAUCCUCGCUUCCUGGCUUACAUGGAAGAACGUCGGAAGCACAGAUGGCCCCGGUUUCCAAAACCAGUUCCAAUUGAGCCAACCUGCCUGGUGGGCCUGGAGCGCAUGCAAGGUGCAGGCAUCUCUGCCAAUGGCAAGAAGGGUUUUCUGCCAGAUCCCACAAUGAACCGUCUUCUUCCGGGACCAGUAGGGGCUGAGAACGUCCAGAAACGAGGCCGCCAGACCCCCAUGGAGUUCUCCAACAUGAUGGCUCUGAUGGGAGCUGGCCGGGUCCAAUUGGGAGCUGCCGGGCCCCUCUCCUUGCACCAUGCCCACUUCCAAGCCGGCCCAGCUCAUGCCUCCCCCCUGCAGUACAUGCCCUUUUCUACUGCUGCCGCCACUGCUGCUGCUGCAUCCUCCUCUGGCGCCCUGCUCCACCCCACGCUCAGCCACGCCGGCUACGCCACGGCCCCCUUGCACCUGAGCCACAUUCAGCCUGUUGACGACGACGACGAUGAAGACGAGAUGGAUGACUUGUCUCAAGGCUAUGCCAGCUCGGAACGGGAUUUCUCCUUGCUAGAUGACGACCCGAUGAUGCCAGCCAACUCUGACUCCAGCGACGAGGGGGACGAGGAGGGAGACGACUGAGCUUUUGCUCCUCACUUGGGAACAGACAGAUGGGUGUGACGCAGGGACUAGCCGUCCCCUUUGAUGUUGGAUUUGACAGGCCAGAGACUCUGUGUCUGCUUGGGGCACGCACCAGUUGAGUUCCCCUUGUUCCACAUGGCUCACAGGGAGGGUGAAAUGGAGCCCUUACCCACCCAGCAACGGGCGGCUGGGCGACUGUCCUCCUAGAAGGGUGCUCUUAUGUGUGGCUUCUCUUAUGUUUUUUAAAAACAAAUGGCUAUUAGUGAGGUCAGUGAAUUUGGCCUCUCCUUCUGGCACUUGGUAUCAAUUGGGAACUGUCCUUGAAAGUCUUGAUCUCCUUGGGACGGUAAAACCACAGCAGAAACCCAUAGCAAGGGGUCCUGUCUAGCCAAGACGAUCUGGGUAUAGGUAGCAGCUCCUCUCUUUUUUUCCUCCCCGCACCUGUCCCCACAACCCUGUUCUCUUUCCCUCCCUCCCCAGGUUCACGUGCUGUAACAUAAGUGCAGGGGGGGGCAAACUCCUUUCCUUUCCCUCCGUCCCCCUGUCUGUGUGGGUGGGGUUUAUAUUUAUAAAUAUGUAAUAUGUCUUGUGUAAUAUGGCCGAAGCUGUGGGAAUGAAUUAUGAGGGGAAGUCAGGUCACAAAGAGGGUGGGUUUCGGGGUGGCCGGGGGGCUGUGAGGGAAGAGAAGAUAGAGUUUCCUGUAGCUGGAUUCUCCCAUUUUUUCUUUUGUUUUUUUUAAUAAAAAGAACCAAAUGGACAAAAAA